AGCAUCAUCAGUUCCACUCUCACUAACACAAAGCAAUCUUCUUAGCAACUGUAAUCUGAAAGAAAAAAGCCUCUGGUCACACAUAAAAUGGGCUGCAAACAAUAAAAAGGACAUAUUCUGGCGGUUAUUACACAAUGCAAUUCCUAUUGGCCCAAGGCUAGCCUAUGUAGCACCUACAGAAUCCCAAGAUUGUCCCUGGUGUCCCUCACCAAUGCAAACAAUAGAACGCUUCUCAGUUAAUUGUCGAAUUAGUCAAAAACUUUGGGAGCUGAGUUAUAAAAUUUUUAGCCCCACGCAACAAGUGGCCCUACCUGCCACGAUUGAUGAAAUAGUAACUGCAUCCAAUGCGAUAUGUAUCCAACCACGCUCAGUAAUGGUCUGGCUCCAUAUAACAUAA